AUGGAGAAGGCACCAAGCCCCUCGACCAGCAGCUCGGUGGCCUUGUCCUCAUCCUCCACAGCCACCUUCAAGGAGGAGCUGCUGUGCCCCCUCUGCUACGAGCCUUUUCCACUGGGAGCAGGGCAGCGUCUGCCCGCGAGCACGAGGGCGGGCUGGGACUUGAUGGCUCGCGAGGGUCCUGAGGGCGUCUCCUCCCCGCAGGCCAAGCUGAAGAACAUGGAGACCUCCCUGCGGGAUAAAGCGAAGGAUUUCGGGGCUGUGCAGCGCUCCUACGAAUCCAUCAUGAAACACAACCAGAUGGACAUCAAGGAGGAUGACUACACCUUCCUCAUGACCCACAAGAACCGCAAGCGCAGGAUCGCCUGCACAGCUGAGGAGCCGGAGGCUGUGCCCUCAGGGAUGCUCCUCGACAUUGCCAAGUACCUGGGCUCGCUGCAGUACAAUGUCUGGAAGAAGAUGCUGGACAUCAUCACCGUAGUCCCCUUCAGCUUUGACCCCAACUCCGCGGCAGGCUGGCUCUCGGUGUCUGAGGACCUCGCCAGUGUCACCAACGGGAGCUACAAGCUGCUGGUGGAGAACCCUGAGCGCUUCACUGCGGCUCCCUGCAUCCUGGGCUCCCGUGGCUUCUCCACCGGCUUCCACACCUGGGAGGUGGACCUGGGCAGCAUCACAAACUGGCGCGUGGGGGUGGCCCGGCCGCGUAAUGGCACCCACUGGACUUUCCACCAUGACUCUCGCUCCGGCUUCUGGUAUAUCUACCGCCUGCCCGGGAAGGACGGCGAGAUGUGCCGAGCAUCCAAUGCGGCGCGGUCGGAAGCGGCGCUGGGUGACCUGCGACGGAUCCGAGUGGAGCUGGACUGCGACGAAGGGGAGCUCUCCUUCUACAAUGCAGACCGCAAGACCCACAUCUACACCUUCCACGAGAAGUUUGGCGGCACCGUCUUCCCCUACUUCUACGUGGGGGGUGCGCCCGUGGGCACGGCGCCCGAGGCACUCCGCAUCUGUCCCCUCCAGGUCCGUAUCCACGAGGAUGUCCCCAUCUAG